AUGCAGAAGAUUGCUGAAGUAGCUGGAGAUCCGACCCCUUCUACUAUUGCCCGGACGGUGACACAAGUUGUUGAUGUGGAUUCACAGCCGUUGCUAGAAUAUGUCGUCAAUCACCGGCCUUCCUCACAGUCGGAGACUGCUGCUAGCAAUGGUGGCACAUCAACAUCACCGGUGGUAGAGGUGCGAGACGCAAUCGACCACCGCACAGUUGUUGAUGUCUCUUUUGCAAAUGAAAAUCGCCAAUCAACUUUAACCCUGCCAUCCACAUCAAUCAACUCGCUCGCAGCAAAUGUUCUUGGAGAAAAUCCAGCGUCACCAGAAGAAAACCAACGGCAGCAAGCAACGGAUUUCUGGCGGGGGUUGGAGACCCCGUCGCGUCCUUUGACUGCGCAACAAACUUCCGUGAUCUCUGCGCCAGUUGUGCAAUCAAUCCUCUCUCAUCCGGACUUUCAAAAAUCAAGAGUGGAUAAGUCGCAGUCAAACUCCUUAUCAGGCCAAUAUUUACCCUCAAAUAAGGAAGUAAUCUCUUCAACAAAUAGUUCCAAUAAUAGCUCCAGUCAAAAGUUAAAUCCUGCGGCUCAAGAAUUUACCAUCUCUCAUCAGCCGCAAAUUCCUCUUCUCAAGGAUUUACUGCCAAUUACGGCUCCAAAAAUGUACUUGUCCAAGGAUGAUACGGAGAUAAGGAAGACUACCGAGACUUUUAUCCCAAAUUAUUCGAUUGAAGAAAUAAAUUCUGAAGGCAGACUAAAUCAUGCUUCCAAUGGUUCUGAUGAUAAUGAUAUUGAUAUGGAGUAUGCGAUGGAAGAAGAGCCCUUUUACAGUGAAAUUUCUACUACAACAUUUCACAAUCAUUUGAAAAAAGUCAGGGCUAAAAAGAAAGUUCAAGUUCGUCGGUAUGCUAUAUUAAACAAGGAUUAA